ACUUAAGAGAGACAAGGGGAAGAAAUCUGGAAACAGAGAGAGAAAUGGCGAGCGAUGCUGCGGCGGCUGUAGAGGUAACAACAUCGGCCGAUGCACCGCCGGCCACGGUGGACGCAGCUGCAAAAUUGCCGCAUAAGGUGGAGAGAAAGUGGUCGUUUUGGUGCGAUAACCCAUCUAAGCCAAAACAACAAGGAGCAGCUUGGGGAAGCUCUUUGCGCAGGCUCUACACCUUCGACACAGUUGAAGAAUUCUGGAGCUUGUAUGAUCAGAUAUUUAGACCCAGCAAGUUAGUGAUAAACGCAGACUUUCACUUGUUCAAAGCUGGGAUAGAGCCAAAAUGGGAAGAUCCUGAGUGUGCUGGUGGAGGCAAGUGGACAGUUACUAGCAACAGAAAAGCUAAUCUUGAUAACAUGUGGCUCGAAACUUUGAUGGCUUUAAUUGGGGAGCAAUUUGAUGAGGCUGAUGAGAUAUGUGGAGUGGUUGCCAGUGUGCGUCAAAGGCAGGACAAGAUUUCACUCUGGACUAAAACUGCUACCAACGAAGCUGCUCAGAUGAGCAUUGGAAGGAAAUGGAAGGAAAUCCUUGACGUCACAGAUAAGAUCUCUUACAGUUUUCAUGAUGAUUCUAAAAGGGAAAGAUCAGCAAAAAAUCGAUAUAGUGUGUGAAUAUGCACUUGAAAUCGACAGUGUUAACAGGCACCUGAUUAUACUCAAAAUUAUGUGUGUGUUGCAUUUGAAGUAGAGAUGCGGUUAAUGACGACAAUCAGGAACACCCCACCACUUGUGCCACUGCAAAUUGAUGUAGAAGAUAUUGCUUUGCGCUUUAAUUUUGAUGUAACAUUAUCAUGCGCCAGUUUUGACCUUUGCAAUCUAGGUGUUUUUUUUUUUUAAAAAAAUAUAUAUUGUUUCAAUGUAACGUUGUCAGAUGCCAGUUUUGAUUCUAGUAAUACUGAGAUUGUUGCCUUUCUUCC